AUGCCGGAUGUCAUUGUCUCCGUGCUCGAGGCUUCAGCAACGCGGCGAGAUGCAAAAGGCUACCUUCAAAAAUAUGCCUCGAAGAAGCCUAUUUCUUCAGACCUUUCCAGGGCCAGUGCGAAGGAUAGUGAGGCCGUCACGGCGAAAGGAGAUGGCCUUGAGCCUGUCAAUGUUGCUAUCGUCAAACUGCGAUUACCCCAAGAACUAUCCCCAGACGCUCUAUAUGGCAUUGCAAGAACUUUGUCACAACUUCGAGUGCUUGGCCUGCUAGCUCUUGUGGUUGUGGACUGUGGCAUUGCAGCUGAUCGCCAAACAUUUGACAACGAAGCCUUUCGGCUUUGUGAAGCGAUUGACUCGUUUGGCAGUCCAGGUGCUAAAUUAGCCGACCAUGUGUUUCUGAGACGACAUACAAACGACAACCCAUCCGUAGUGCCUAAAUUCCGCUGUGGUAUGCGUGUUGAAGACCUGGGUUUGCUUAAUCGAGCGCUACAACGCGGCAUGAUUGUUGUGGUUCCGUCGCUAAGUAGACAAGAUGAGAUAUCUUCACCGAUACCUGCAGAGGCGAACGAAACAACGAUUACUUUAGCCAAAUUUCUAACGGGUCUACAGCUAGAUGGUAUGAACGGCGAGUCAAUAGACGGAGUAGCAGAGUAUUUACGACCAAAAAGGAUUGCGUCUGUUGAGCGAAUAAUUCUCCUGGACCCUGUCGGUGGAACUCCCAUGGCUCUCCGGCCCGACGUUUCACAUAGGUUCAUAAACCUUGAGCAAGAGUACGGAGAAUUGAUUGGUAGUCUGAAGAGCGGCGAACGCAUAACGCGCAUUGCGAAUGUCCAAAGUCACAUCGCAAACCUGAGCUUGGCAAAAGACGCUCUUUCAUUGCUACCGCCGACUUCAUCAGCUCUUAUUACUUCGCCUCACGCGGCUGCCAAUACUAGGUCCGGUAUUUCAUCAAAACUGCCCAUUCGCGCGUUAGGGCACCCACCUUUUGGUUUUGAUAAUAUGGUCACAUCCCGAAACCAAAAGAACCCGUUACUGCACAACUUGCUGACAGACCGUCCCGCUUUCUCUCCGUCGCUUCCUCUGCAACGAAUUCAAGACGAGACGCGUGGAUGUCUACAAAAUGCGGAAUCCGGGUCUGCAACAUUAGUCAAGCGGGGAAUGCCAGUAACAGUAUAUCCGGACCCAAGGGUUCAUCCAUGGCAGCCCCCAAACCCCGGUUUGCCUCGUCUCCGCCUCACGGACAACUGCAUAGACCUCCCUCGACUUUUUCACCUAAUUGAAGACUCCUUCAACCGAAAACUUGACGCACAACACUACUUGAAACGAGUGAAUGAGAAUCUGGCCGGCAUUAUCAUUGCGGGCGAGUAUGAGGGCUGCGCCAUUCUAACUUGGGAGCACCCCGAGACUCUUGAUGAGCAAACUGCGUAUGAUUCUGGUCGAUUUGUUCCAUACCUGGACAAGUUUGCGGUUUUGAAAAACCGGCAAGGUAGCAGUGGAGUUGCUGACAUAGUCUUCAAUUCCAUGGUACGGGAUUGCUUUCCGAGUGGCGUUUGUUGGAGAAGUCGAAAAAAUAACCCUGUCAAUAAAUGGUAUUUCGAACGGUCUACGGGGACAUGCAAGCUUGCGGAUUCGCACUGGACGAUGUUCUGGACGACAAUUGGCCUUGGAAACCGGCAUCCAACCUUGCAGGACUACGAGUCUAAGGUUGUCUUCAUGGAAUAG